UGGAUGAUCUAAAAGAAUACACCCAUAACAGCGAGUGUUUACUGAACUGUUAUGGAGCGCCAAAUGAGUGCACUUUUAUUCGGUUCCUUAUCAGUUUCUUUCAUCAGUGGACAACCACGUGGGUUCAGUUUGACGUUUCGGAGUUUCGGGUGAGUGCUCGUUUCCUCCUUCACUUUCACUAUUUAUUUCUGAAUCGACGACAUAUUUUGUGAUUUAUUGAUGUGCAAUUUCGGUGACGUUUGUUUUCUGAUGAUUGUAGGUAUGGCAGUCGAUCUGGGAUUUGUAGAGAAAUGCGAGAACUGGCGACUCGAGAGCAGAUUCUUUCCCAGUAAAGCAGGCGGUAAGCCGGCCUGGCUCAAUCUGAAAAAUAUUCCCGGCAAAGGCGACUUGGAAUGCGAGUACUGUGGUGAUCCUUGCGUGUUUCUCUGUCAAAUCUAUGCACCGUACGAGGAAGACUCCAAUGCAUUUCACAGAACUGUCUAUAUCUUUGUGUGCAAGAACGCAGAUUGUUGUAGGCCAAAUCAGAAUGGGAACCUAAAAAUCUUCCGAUCACAGCUAAGUAGAAUAAACGAUUUUUAUCCGGCUGAACCACCUGUGGAACGGAAGGACUGGGGAACGGAUAUUGACGUAUCUCAGUGGACAAAAACAUGCCGCAUAUGUGGAAUUUUAGCGCCUAAUCACUGUGGCAAAUGUAAAGUGGUCAAUUAUUGUUCCCGUGUUCAUCAAGUAUAUGACUGGAAGAAUGGACAUAAAGAUGUAUGUGGUACUGAAGCAAAAAAUGAGAAUAGUUUUCUGUUUCCUGAAUAUGAAAUCGUGAUGGAAAGCGACAGCAUUGCAAUGGAAAAUGUCGACCAAAAUGAAUCCAACAGCGAAGAAAAGGAAAUUGAAAAAUAUAAUUCAAUAAUACAGGAUGGCAAAGCUGGAAUAUUUCAGAAUGAAGAUGUUAACGAUGAUUUAUUACAAAUGUCUAACGACGAAAAGGAUGAAACAUUUGCAGAGUUUCGUCUAAAAAUAGAUAAUUAUCCAGAUCAGAUUUUGAGAUACGAUAGAGGAGGAAAAGUUUUAUAUAUUUCAUCACACGGUCAGAUAACGGAUGUACCAAAAUGUCCAGAAUGCAAUGGCGAUAGACAAUUUGAAUUUCAAAUAAUGCCGCAACUAUUAAAUUUUCUCGACUUAAAAGAUGUUAUCAAGUGCUUAGAUUGGGGAAUAUUGGCCGUUUACACAUGUAAGAAAUCUUGCAUACCUAAGAAUAAAUAUAUAAAAGAAUACAUAUGGAAACAAGACAUUGUACAAGAUGAAAGUGAAUCGAGAAUAAAUCAAAGUACAUGACUACACUAAACUUUAUUUGAUAUACAUUAGAAGUC